ACUGUAAAGGAACUUGCUAGGAAAGGGAAAAAAAAAAUGAUGCCGACUUUGGAACACUCGAUCGUUGAAAACAAAGAAGAUGGCCAGCUUGCUUGGCUAUUUACGGAGAUUGAGUUGAUAAUGGAGGAGCAGAGCAAUGGCUGUUGCUUCCGUUGGAGGUUUAUUGCGUUAUUGGGUACUUGUAUUGGCAGUCAUAUUAGCAGCGUAUGCUCAUAAGAUAAAGGAUGGUGAAGACGACGACUUUAUUUGCUCCGUCGGUGGCGUCGUGGAUUGCAGUACCCGCGUGGGUAGAGAACAAAAGAUCGCCAUGGAGAUUGCCGUGCAAGAUUUUCAACACGUAACUGGUCAUAAGCUGGAUUUGCACAUUCAAGACUUCUCUGGCAACGCUGCUUUGGCAGCAAUCAAUCUCAUUAAAACCCAACAAGUGCAAGCAAUUGUUGGCACCCUGACAUGGCAGGACUCAGUAUUGGUUGCUGAAAUGGAUGAUGUUGCUAAGGAAGUUCCCAUCUUUGCCUUAUCUGCACCAACAAUGCCAAUGAUUUCAGAAAAGCAUCGAAUGUGAUCAGUAUGGUUCAUGAUCUCUCUGUGGAGAUUAGCUGCAUUGCUGCUAUAAUUGGCACCUUCAAGUGGCAAAAGGUGAUCGCUAUUUAUGAGGAUAGAAACUCCUACACGAGCGAUUUAGGCAUCAUCACUCUCCUCUCUACUUCACUCGAAAAUAUGGACGUAGACCUAGAACACUACUCAGCCUUCCCCACAAUGUCAACUUUGCUUGAUCCGAAGGUCAUUGUGCAAGAAGAGUUAAAGUUACUUAGGGGUGUACUUGGUUUUAAGACCUACUUCCAAGAUACUACUGCAUCUUUCAGAGAAUUUGAAUUCAAGUUCCGAAGAAGAUUCCAAGCUGAGUAUCCUACAGAAGAAAAGAACCAUCAUCCCAGUGUUUUUGCACGUCGUGCAUAUGAUGCAAUUUGGGCGACUGCUAUGGCUGUGGAGAAGUCAAAAAGUGAUACGCAAACCCUCUUCCAGAAAAUACUAUCUAGUACUUUUGAGUUGUCUCAUUUAACUCCAUUUCAGAUAGUUAAUGUAUCCGGAAAGAGCUAUAGGGAGCUUGGAAUUUGGUCACCAGGAUUUGGCUUCUCAAAGAACCUUGAGAAACAUGACAAUACGUCUAAUGAGGCAGUGCUUGGCCCUGUGUUCCGGGCACAUAGGUACAGACUCUGGGCACAUCGUAGAACUUCUGUUCCAAGUGGAUUGAUGGAAAGCUCUCUUCCAGAGGUUAUAGCUAGACCAUUGAAAGUUGGGGUGAUGGCAACAUCCACGUUCACACAGUUCGUGGAAGUAAGUCAAGAUCAUAAUCAAAACACGAAAUACAUAACCGGAAUAUCGAUUGAGGUCUUCGAGGCAGCUGUAAGGUAUCUGGGCAACCCAUUUAUUUACAAACUGAUUCCCUUUUAUGGUACAUGGGAUGAGUUGGUGAAUGAGGUCACUCUUCAGACUUUUGAUGCAGUAAUCGGAGAUGUCAUGAUAACAGCGGAUAAAUUCCAGCUUAUAGAAUUUUCUCAGCCAUAUAUUGAAUCAAAACUUGUGAUGGUUGUGUUGAAGGAAUCAGAGAAACCACAUGACCCUUUCAUGUUCGUGAAGCCAUUCACCAAUGGGAUGUGGCUCCUUAUGGCAGCUAUGACUUUGUUCACUGGAUUCAUUGUUUGGGUUAUUGAACACCGCAAGAACUAUGAGUUUGGUGGCUCUUCCUUAAGGCAGUUGGUAACAACUUUAUGGUUCUCUUUCUUAAUGGUUGUCUUCGCACAUAGGGAACCACUUAGUAGCAACUUGGCUCGUAUUGUGCUGAUACCGUGGCUACUCCUGCUCCUAAUUGUUACUUCAGCUUUGACAGCCAACCUAUCAUCAAUGUUAACGAAUUCACAACCCAAACCAUCUGUAAUUGAUGUCGGUAUGCUUAAGAACACAAAGGCAAUUGUUGGUUGUGAUGAAAAAUCCUUCACCAUCAGGUAUCUGUUGGAUGUUUUGGGUCUCAAGAGAGAGUACAUAAAAACCAUUGCUUCCAUUGAUGACUAUGCAGAAGCUUUAUAUAAUGGACAUAUCAGGGUGGCAUUCUUUCUGAAACCUCAUGCCAGAGUUUUCUUGGCAAAAUAUUGCAAGGACUUCACCACCACAGGACCAACAUAUAAACUCCCGGGUUUUGGUUUUGUAUUUCCAAAGGGGUCUCCACUGACUUUGGACAUUUCUAGGGCAAUUGUAUAUUUAAAGGAGACUGGGAGAAUGCAACAAUUAGAAGAUGAAAAGCUCUCCAUUUCAGAUUGUUUACGUUUAUCAUCUGAUGACACUGGAAUCCCGAGUUUAGGACCGGAACCCUUUGCUGGUCUGUUCUAUAUUUCAGGCAGUGUUUCUGCAAUUGCAUUGUUCAUCAAGCUCAUUCAGCUCUUGAGGGAGAAUCAGGUUAUCUUCCACUGACACUACAGUCUUCAUUAGUCCUACAAUAUUGUUACAACAGUAAAUGCUCUAUGCAGUUGCUGAGUAUAUAUGCUUAUAUAAAAAGUCAUAUGUACACCGAAUAAUUACUAGUAGUUGGAAUUAAGGCUUCAUCGAGGAAGAGAAAUGAUGCAAU